GUUUGUGCAACGUGCAGCCAAGAUUCAGUGACUCGUAUAGUCUACUAGUAAAGGAGUCAAUUGGUAUGUCUCUCGUUCCUGUGGCUAAGCCUCACAAGGUACACGUCAGUUUCUUUCAAGCUCGGGAACAGACAUCAACACUAAACCCCAUCGCACUGUGUCCGCGGACGUUUUGACAUAUCAUCUGACAGGGACGUGUAAUGUCGGCAAUUCCUUGCUAUCAGUUGCGACACUGAUACGGGAUGCACACUUGGACGUAUGGUUACCUGUUCCGCUGUGAUCGGCUAUCCCCUAUAUUAUAAGAUGUGGAUUAAUGUGAUUCAAAAACCUCUGAACGCUACACAUGAAUUCUACUCGUCCUCUCGUGCUAGUCGUAGGCGCUGGGCCAACAGGUCUGGUAGCAGCGUUAACGCUCCUCCAGAACGGUAUACCAGUUCGCAUCAUUGACAAAGAUCCCAACCCUCGAAUCGGACAGCGUGGUCCUGGAAUCUGGCCACGCUCCUUCGAACUCUUCAACUUCCUGAAUGUCCCAGAAGUCAACGAGCUCGCCAAACCCGUCCUCACAAUCCAAUCGUUGAUGACCCGGCAUGUGGAACCUACCCCUACGAUACCAUUCCACGUUCCAAAGCUGAUAGGUCAGCAACUCCUGGAUGUGAUUCUGCGACGUCACCUAGAGAAAUUCUCAUGCUCUGUCGAGAUGGGCACCGAAUUGCGUUCGUUCGAGCAGUCCGAUGAAGGUGUCACGGCUGUUCUAGCAAAAAACGGCAUAUUGGAAACUUUCAAUACUAAGUGGGUGAUCGGUGCUGAUGGUGCUAGAGGCAUCGUGCGUAAACAGCUCGGGCUUACAUUCUUAGGCGAGACUAGAGACGAUAUCCGACUGGUCAUGGGAGAUAUUCGUUUACAUGGCGUUGGUCUUGAUAGGGAAUAUUGGCACCGGUUUGGGACCUUUAAGCGAGGGUAUGUCCAGUCUCUACCCUUGAAGGUUGCGGAUGUGUAUAUGACGUUGGGCAGCGUCUCAUUGCGUCCAACAGACGAAAUUGGCGAGGAUGGCUGGCAGUUUGUCAUCAUUGACAAUAAUCUAGACACGACAAAGGUCGCUCAGAGCGAGGAGCUGAUCUUCGAGACUAUCACAUCAGUGAGGGAGUCCAGGGCCAACAUCCGCAUGGUAAACAAGUUCAGCGAGGGCCGAGUUUUUGUUGCAGGCGAUGCUGCUCAUGUCCACAGUCCAACCGGUGGUCAGGGACUCAAUUCAAGUAUACAAGAUGCUUUCAAUCUAGGUUGGAAACUUGCGCUCGUCGAAAAAGGACUCGCCGACAAGUCUCUUCUUGAGACGUAUAAUGCCGAGCGUCUGCCUGUCAUCUCCGAGAUGCUCGAGAUGACCACCACGAUUCUCGACCAGGCAUUAAAGACAGACAGCAUAACCAUCGCACGAACCCCCAUCCUUUUUAUGCUUGGGAUCAAUUACCGAUUCAGCGACAUCGUUCUCGACGAGUUUGCAAUCCCAGGGAAGCCUAUAAAUGCGUACGGGGUGCUUGACGAGGAGCACCUAGAGGCUGGAGACAGGGCGCCUGACGCACCAAACCUAGUCCAGGUGGGAGGUGGAGAGUCUGAUGUGAAGACACUUUUUAGUCUCUACAGACCUUGGUAUCACACUGUGCUUGUGUUCGCGCCGAGUCAUGCAGAUGCUGCCCCGAUCUUGGGUAUGCUAGAGGCAUAUGAUACAAGCGUUGUGCGAUCGGCAGUCGUUCUGCCUUCAUCCGCAUCAGUAACGUCUGUUGCAUCCCCUGCUGAUCUCAUUCUUGUUGAUCAGGAGAGCCAUGCUUAUUCGGCUUACCUCAUGAAAGCUGGCCAGGCGAGAGUGUUUGUGAUACGGCCGGACGGAGUGAUCGGGGCAAUCGUACAGGGUACAGAAGGCGUGAAGAAGUAUUUCUCUGGAAUAUUUUUGGAUGUUUAG